UCAUCUGAACUCACAUCUCCUGUCAACAUGUCCUACAGCUGCUGCUCUAGAAAUGUCUCCUCCCAAUCUCUGGGUGGCUGCCUAAGCUACCCAGUUCUUUUUUGCGGUUCUUCUACCCCCAGCAAUCUGGUCUACAAUGCUAACCUAUUUUCCCCAGGUGCCUGUCAGCUGGGAUCCUCUCUCUACAGAGGCUAUCAGGAGAACUGCUAUAAGCCCAGCAGCUGCCAGAAUGCCUGUGUAGUGUCCAAACCCUGCCAGACCGCCUGCUACCGUCCUAGGACCCCUACAGUCUUCAGUCCUUGCCAGAUAACUUAUGCUGUGUCUCCAAGCUUUGGAUCCAGAAGCAGUUGCUCCCUAAGCUAUGGAUCAAGAAGCUGCUACUCACAAGGCUGUGUGUCCAGUGGCUCCAGACCCCUGGGUUACGGAAUCCAGGUCUUCCCUGGAUCGAGUUCCUGCUAUCCAACAUAUUUUCCUUCAAGAAGCUGCCAAUAUUCUUGUUUCCGACCAAGCUAUGCAUCUGGUUUCUGUAGAACAACUUGUUAA